AAUCUAACCAUUGAAAUUUAUAUACAUCAUGCAUGUUAAAUUAAAAACAUCCGAAUUCUGAACUCAUGUUUCGAUUGUUGCAUUGUACUUUGCUUAAAAUUUCAUGUCUUCGGCUUGAAUAAGCGUUAAACGUGUCAAGCAAUUCAUCAAACUGCUGAUCCAUGAUCGCUUCACCAAGACAAUACCCUACGGAAACUUCCAAUUAAAUUGGUGAAUCCAUUUCUGGGUUUGUUAACUCCACCCCAAGUGAAAUGGGUCGUAGGCAAACUGACUCAGACUUGCAUCGUUUUACACUUUGGGUCCUUUUCUUGAUAGCCGCAAUCUCUUGUUGCAUGGCCUACUAUAGCUUCUCCGUCUCGUUGAAAGGAAAUAGCGAUACAAUUUUCGUUGGUUCAAGUGAAAGUUGGAGGGGCAAUGAAGAAGAACGAGAAGGAGAUGGGUGUUGCAGGGGAGUUGAGCAUUUAGAGCUCUGGGGUGAUGCAAUGAAAUGGGGAUCAGACUUCAAACUGAAUUCUUCCGAAGAAUGUUGUAGGGCUUGCAAGGAGAUGUGUGAGGGUGACGAUGGUCCUUGUUUGUGUGACUCUUGGGUGUUUUGUGGCAAUAAACAAGAUUGUGGGUCUCGAUUUGGUGAGGUAAGCCAACAUCUUUUUCUCUCCUCUUUAACCGCCAUUUAUUCAAUUCUACGUUUCGUGGCAAUAAACAAGAUUGUGGGUCUCGAUUUUGGUGAGUGUUGGCUGAAAAAACAAAAGGAUGCCUUGGAUCCUGAUUGGCGAGACUCGGGUGAUAAAGUUAUAUGGACAUCUGGUCUAGUCUUUGGUAAAGGAGAGGGUAUUAUUAAGUUGAAAACCGAGCAUGGGAUUGUUAAUGUUAAACUUUUUCCUGAUUGUGCUCCACAUUCUGUUUACUAUAUUCUUGAGCUGUUGUCAUUACAACAUUGUGCUGGUUGCCAAUUUUAUCGUGCUGAAAGCCGAGGAAACUCUUGGGAUCUUCAAGGAAAUCACAUUGAACAUGCUCCCUAUGGCCCCCCAUAUGCACUAAUUCAAGGAACAGUUGAUGCGUAUGGAACUGUAUUUAAGGAUAUUCCACAAGAGGCUUGCCCCACUAUAAGGAGAGGAUCGAUUGCUUGGGUUGGCUCUGGCCCAGACUUCUUUAUCAGUCUAGCAAACCACCAUGAGUGGAAAAAAGCAUAUACGGUGUUUGGUCAAGUUCUACCUGAAGAUAUGGAAAUAGUGGAGAAAAUUUCGCAGCUUCCAACCAUACCCGAUAUGUGGAGCAAUGUUAAAGUAGCAGUGUUGGAAAGACCUGUUCCUUUACGAUUCAUAAGAAUGAAGAAAAGUCCUUGAGAUGGCUUCUCAUGCUAAAUGUGUUGAUCGGAUCAAUGUGCAGCAGACGGUAGGGAAAGGAUAUCUUCUAGAUUUCUGAUGUAUUAAAUGAUUCACCAGCUUAGUUACUUGGAUCAUCUGAGCUCCAUGUUUGCUUUAUUAGUUCGAUAUGCGAAUGCAUACAAAUAUAUACCAUUGUUUUUGUA